AGCUACAGAAAUUAGCUCUUUCAGUUUGAGUUUGGAUUCUUGUGUCAUGUUUCAGCAUCUUUAUGUUCUUCCGUAGCGUUUUUGCGAGUUUUUCCUCAAGCCACUCAGGGACGUUUUUUCUAAUCUCAGGAGUGUCGGCAUUUCCAUGGCGCUCAAAUCCGGUGUGUUCGCUUGCCUGAUCCUUGCAUUGUGCGUGAGCUGCGAGAACCUCGGCAAGGAGACUGAGAAAAGCGGAGCGCCUUUCCUCCCCAGGUCCGAGAACCUCGGCCAGGAGACUGAGAAGAGCGGAGUGCCUUUCCUCCCCAGGUCCGAGAACCUCGGCCAGGAGACUGAGAAGAGCGGAGUGCCCUUCUGGCCUCGGUCCGAGAACCUCGGCAAGGAGACUGAGAAAAGCGGAGUGCCCUUCUGGCCUCGGUCCGAGAACCUCGGCCAGGAGACUGAGAAGAGCGGAGCGCCUUUCCUCCCCAGGUCCGAGAACCUCGGCCAGGAGACUGAGAAGAGCGGAGUGCCCUUCUGGCCUCGGUCGCCGAUCUUCUGGCCUCGGUCCGAGAACGUCGGCAAGGAGACUGAGAAGAGCGGAGUGCCCUUCUGGUCCAAGAACUCGGCAAGGAGACUGAGAAAAGCGGAGAGGUCCGAGAACCUCGGCCAGGAGACUGAGAAGAGCGGAGCGCCUUUCCUCCCCAGGUCCGAGAACCUCGGCCAGGAGACUGAGAAGAGCGGAGUGCCCUUCUGGCCUCGGUCCAAGAACGUCGGCAAGGAGACUGAGAAGAGCGGAGUGCCCUUCUGGCCUCGGUCCGAGAACCUCGGCAAGGAGACUGAGAAAAGCGGUUCUUCCGAGAACGUCGGCAAGGAGACUGAGAAGAGCGGAGUGCCCUUCUGGCCUCGGUCCGAGAACCUCGGCAAGGAGACUGAGAAAAGCGGAGUGCCCUUCUGGCCUCGGUCCGAGAACGUCGGCAAGGAGACUGAGAAGAGUGGAGUGCCCUUCCUCCCUCGGUCCGAGAACCUUGGCAAGGAGACUGAGAAGAGUGGAGUGCCCUUCCUCCCUCGGUCCGAGAACCUUGGCAAGGAGACUGAGAAGAGUGGAGUGCCCUUCCUCCCUCGGUCCGAGAACCUUGGCAAGGAGACUGAGAAGAGUGGAGGGCUUCGAACCUUGGUCCGAGGCGUCCCAUGGGGAGAGGGAUGGGGUUGGCUUCAGGACAUCUUAGCAGAAGCAUGGUCCGAGCAGAUCUUGCCCGGCUGGCCGCCCAUGACAAAGAUGGACAGCGCCCGUGUUGAACAUGGGGAAGAAGUCUGGACGAAGCUGUCCAUUCGAGUGCGACGAGAUGUGUGCGGUGGGCAUGCGCGAGAGCAGAUGAGCCAACAAGGCCUGGCGAGUGGAGAAGUCCUGGCUCAGAGGUAUCGCAUGGUGCGCUUGGUUGGAGAAGGGCAUUUUACCAAGGCCUAUCUGGCUGAGGAUCAGAAGGAACAUCGCCAGGUCUGUAUCAAGCGACAUCGGAACCUUCCAAUCGAGGCGCCGGGUGAUGGUACCCUGCGGCAGAAGCCGGCCUUGGCUGAUUUCUUUGUGGUGGCCCAAAGAUUGCAUGAGGUUGACCGAGGCGGCCGUUUCUUCCCAGUCUUGCAGGACGCCUUCUUUGACCUCGUCGGGUACACCGUGGAGAGCAUGUUGGAGGGGAAGAACUGCUCAGUGCUGGCCACUGAAAAUCCGGCUUUCUUCCACGAUCUCCCGAACCUGCGUUUGGUGGCAUUUGGCGUUCUCUCAGGUUUGAUGCUGUUAGACAAGGCGGGCAUCGUCCACAACGACAUCAAGCCUGACAACUUGAUCUGGACGAAGGAUGGAGGACCCAGAGUGAAAAUCGUGGACUUUGGAUGCGCACGCAUCGACCAACGAGAAAAAACUGGACUUAACUGGGCCUUGGCCGAGGGCGGUGCUGGUCACCUGGGGAAGUGGUCACCCGAAAUGACCUUGCGCCUUCCCAUUGGACAUCGUUCCGACAUCUGGGGUGCAGCCGUCUCACUAUGCGAGUUGCAUUGUGGCCGGGUGGUUUGGCGUUCCGAAGUGGAUUCUGCUGAGGUGGUCAUGGCUCAAGCCCUGGGCCUUUGCAACCUUCGUGAUGGCUUGCCUGCGUCCUUGCUCCGGCGCAGUCCACUGGAUGUGCGGCAGUUGUAUACACCUGCCCCUCGGCACUGGCCCCUGCGCCGCGCAGCUGCUCACUUGGAGGCUGUGAGGCCCAAGCGCUGGGGCUUGGAUCAGAUCUUAGGGCCACAGUGGCAGGACUCCUCCAAGGUGGAAUUUGGCGAAUUUCUUUUGGCUGCGCUGGUGUUGGAUCCGGCCUUUCGGCUUUCGGCCGAAGAGUUGCUAGAGUGCUGCAGCUUUCUGAAUCCGGAGGUCCUGCAAUAGGCUCCCAAGGAGCCAAGGAAUCAGCUGAUUGGGGCGGCUGCUGGCCAAAUGUGCCAGCACAGAUGUCGCGGAUGGUAUUUCGGAUGGUAUUUCGGAUGGUGAAACCCUGAAAGUGCCGUACUUCCAGGGAAUUGGAGUUUGUUUGACUUCGACAACAGAAGUUGGUCUUCC